UGUGCUAAGCAAAGGCUCCGUUAAACUCCGGAGACAAAGCCGCGAAAAAGCAUCUUCCUUUACGUUCCAAUUCCCUCGAAUCGUUAUUAUUAUAAGUGCUUUCAGAUCUCUCCUCACACCUUCAACGUAGUAACUUUUAUAAAGAGUUCAUUACAGAGAGGCGUAUAUCAAUUUGGAAAAAGAGAUGGGGAGGUUGAACAGAGGAGAGGAGGAGGCUUCACUGAACGAGGCUUUGCUUUAUGUUACUCUGUGCAUGAUUGGAUUUCCAGUGGAUGUGCAAGUGAAGGAUGGCUCUGUAUUCUCUGGAAUCUUCCACACAACUUCUGUUGACAAGGAAUUUGGUAUUGUAUUAAAAAAAGCUAGGAUGACGAGAAGGGGUAAAAGUAGUGGAGUUUUCAUGGAAGUGGCUGAGGUUGAAACGCUUGUAAUCUCCUCGGGUGAUCUUGUUCAAAUUGUUGUUAAGGGAUUUGUCUUCCCUAGUGACGUUGUUGCUGGAGAUGUGGCCGGUGGCGGUGCAGAAGCUGCUGUCAAUAGUGUUCCUUCUCCCAAUAUCCCAUUGAGUGAGACAAAGAAUUUCGUGAAGUCCACUAUGGAUAAGAAGACAGUUAAUCAAAUCAGGAUUCCAAUCCAAAAUGAGAAUGGAUCUGCUUACGCUUUCUUGCCAACAAAAACUGGGAAGGAGAAUGAAAGGAUGAAACUGCAACCAACUCCUAGAGGGCAUGACAUGGAAGUUAAGCAUGGGAAAAGGGAUGAAAUAAAUAUAGAGAAGGGUCAAGAAGUUUGUGAUUCCUUGGUCACUAGAAGACAGGUUGGAGAUGACUGGUUACAAAGGAAGCAGGAUGAUUACAAAAUAUCUGAGACUCAUAAGGAAAAAAGUGCUGACAAAGUACAAGGGCUAAGGUCAAGCAAAGAAAUUAAUGGGGAAGGCAAAGUUGAUUCUUGCCAUCCUGUUAGCCGAGAACAUGCAAAGAUGACAUCCAAGCUAUUGCCAAAUGGAGUCUCUCGUGAUACUACCGGUAUUCCCAAUGAGCCAGAAAAUAAAAUCUAUGAGAGGCCUGCUUCUGCUGGCACUUCUCCAGAUACUGCUUGUUCAACUCUUUCAACCACUUCCAGCACAAAUGUUGUCGUAGAGUGUUUUAGUUCAUUAACAGCUUCAGCUGAUGUGAAUCCUCCUCAGAAGUCAGAAGCCAAUAGAAGCUCUAAGGAAUUUAAGCUCAAUCCAGGAGCCAAAAUCUUCUCUCCCUCUUUUGCAAAUCCUCUAUCAGCUGCUCCUCCUGUAACAACGUCAGCAGCAAGUGUGGCUUACAUGCCUCCUAUUCUACCUGUCACCGCUGCGCAGCCAGAAGUUGGAAUCACUGCUUUUGCACCUCGGUCAUCUGUGCCUCCAAAGAUUUCCACACACAAUAAUUUGACAGCGGCAAAUAGUGGCAGUGUUUCUCAGUUUUCCCAACCUGUUGCUGGACAUGUGGGAGGGACGACACAACCUCCUAGAUACGUUAAUCAGUAUCAUCCGGUUCAGGCUGGGCCAGGAUAUGUGUCUUCAAAUUCUCAAGCUGUUAUGAUUGGACGAUUCGGGCAGCUUGUUUAUGUGCAGCCAGUUCCUCAGGAUUUGGUUCAUGGCGCAGCUGCUAUUUCAACAAUGUCUGCACGUCCUUUAUUGGCUCCGCAUCAGGUUCAAAUGCCAAAGCAUCAAGGAAUUGGAGGACAAGCGUUGCAGCUAUGCAUGCCCCCGCCUUUUGUGGCAAGCGGACAGCAACCAUUUGCAGUUCCCAGCCACAUUCCCCUUUUGCAGCAUCCCAUCCCAGGUAAUAGUCCCAUGCCACUCCCGGGAUCAAAUGCUCUCUUCAACACCAAAUUUACGUGAAAAAAAGAACGAUUUUGCUAUCUCGCCACGAUUUUCCCAGCUCCUCGGUGAAGAUAAUUAAGUUUUGGCCUUUUUUUUUAGCUUUGGGAUUCUGGGUUAGAGGCACUUGUCAUAAUCAAUUGAUAGGGCAAUUUUUUCCCUUGAGGGUCAAUGAUUGUAGAUCCUUGUAAUGAAACUAUCCCAUUCCUUUCUUUGUUUCUCUUUAUUUGUUGUCUUCCUUAUAAUGAGAGGGUAUUGAUUUUGGGUAUUUUUUUAUUGAUUUUCAUGGAAAAUAAUAUUAAAUUUUAUUUAUUGUUGUUUAUACAA